GGCCCUGAGGGAGCAGAUACGCAGUGGUUGCUGGGUGAGCGUGUACUGGGUUGUAGAGGGAGAGAUGGCAGCUGCAGCAUCAGGAGCAUCCAUCUGUUAAAACAGGAGCAGCUCAGGCACUGGCCCUGCACCCUCCAGGGGAAGGAGGCACAAUCUUCCUGUCGAAACCGGGCCCUUCUGGGCUCCCCGCCGGGUGGCUGCUUGGUUUCUUUCAGGCAAGGGAUGGAGCACAUCAGAACCCCAAAGGUUGAAAAUGUCCGCUUGCUAGAUCGGAUUUCAUCGAAGAAGGCAUCAAUUGGUUCACUGUAUCUGACGGCAACACAUUUGAUUUUUGUGGAGCAUUUGUCUGACUCCCGUAAAGAAACAUGGAUACUUCACAGUCAGAUCUGUGCUGUGGAAAAGCAAGCAACUACAGCAUCAGGUUGUCCCCUGCUUAUUCGCUGCAAGAACUUCCAGGUCAUCCAGUUUAUCAUUUCACAAGAAAGAGACUGCCAUGAUAUUUACAUUUCGUUAGUUCGUUUAUCACGUCCAGUAAAGUAUGAAGAAUUAUAUUGCUUCUCAUUUAACCCGAAACACGAAGGAAAUGAAAGAGAACAAGGCUGGAAUCUCACUGACCUCAAGGCUGAAUACAACCGCAUGGGUGUUCCUAAUAACUUAUGGCAAGUUUCACAUGCAAACAGAGACUAUGGGGUCUGUGACACAUACCCUGCAGAGUUGUACGUACCAAAGUCAGUUUCUACACCAGUUGUAGUGGGCAGUUCCAAAUUCAGGAGCAGAGGUCGCUUUCCUGUUCUCUGUUAUUUCCGGCAGGAUAACAAUGCUGCUAUUUGUAGAAGCAGUCAACCUCUAUCAGGUUUCAGUGCUCGGUGCCUUGAAGAUGAACAGAUGCUUCAGGCCAUCAGGAAGUCAAAUCCAGGAAGUGAUUUCUUAUAUGUUGUUGAUACUCGGCCAAAGUUAAAUGCAAUGGCAAACCGAGCAGCAGGAAAAGGAUAUGAGAAUGAAGACAACUAUUCAAACAUUAAGUUCCAUUUUAUUGGGAUAGAAAACAUCCAUGUCAUGAGAAAUAGUCUGCAAAAACUACUGGAUGUCUGUGAGCUUCGAUCUCCUUCAAUGAGUGACUUUCUAUGGGGUUUGGAGAAUUCUGGCUGGUUGAAACACAUUAAAGCCAUUAUGGAUGCUGGAAUAUUUAUUGCAAAAGCAGUUGCUGAAGAAGCAGCCAGCGUGUUGGUUCACUGCUCAGAUGGUUGGGACAGGACAGCACAGGUUUGCUCCAUAGCAGGCCUGCUACUUGACCCAUUUUACAGAACUUUAAAGGGAUUUAUGGUUUUAAUUGAAAAAGAUUGGGUUUCCUUUGGACACAAGUUUAAUCACAGAUACGGUCACUUGGAUGGUGAUCCCAGGGAAGUUUCACCGGUUAUUGAUCAGUUUUUUGACUGUGUCUGGCAGCUGAUGGAGCAAUUUCCAUGUGCCUUUGAGUUCAAUGAAAGAUUUCUGGUGCACAUUCAUCAUCAUGUCUACUCUUGCCAAUUUGGCAACUUUAUUUCUAACAACAAUAAGGAGAGCAAAGAACUAAGAAUUCAAGAGAAAACUCAUUCACUAUGGCCUCAUCUAUGGAAAAAUGGUAUAGAUUAUAAGAAUCCCCUCUACAGACAAGACCAUAGUCAGACUCAGGGAGUUUUGAGACCGCACACAGUUCCAUCCAACUUCAGGAUGGGGGUUUUCAAGACUGGGAGCACAUUUUUAAGGUUUUGGAGAAGCAUGUACAACGGAUUUGAAAAAGGCAUGCAUCCUCGACAGUCUGUUACAGAAUUCUUGAUGGCUGUUAAGGAAGAAACCCAGCAACUGGAAGAAGAACUUGAAAUACUGGAGGAGAGGUUAGCAAAACUGGAUCAAUCCAAUUUGAGAAAAAGAGAAGAAAUCAAGCAACUUCAUAAACUGGAAAUCUCUACUUUCGAUCAAUGUUUAGCUAACACUCCUCAGGACUACACUGACAAUGGGAAACCAUUCAUUUCUUGUAGCCCUUCACAAGCAGAUGAAGAUUCAGAGACUACAAUUCUGACACAAGGUAUAAAGCAUUCAGACACUGAUCUUUCUGGCAAUAGUGACCAGGAAUCAGGUGUUGCUGACUUGAACUGCAGAUCACCAAAUGGUGGAGACUUCCUGUCUAGUGAAGACAACAACAAAAAUCUGUCAGUAUGCUCUGAAGAACUUGCCUUUGCUGUUGCAUGAGAAUCUAGUGAUACUUGCUAAUAACUCAAACAUGGGAACAAAUUUUAUACUAAACUACAUACUGGUAAAUAAGAGAUUGCAGGUUUUUGAUAUUGUUUUAAUUUGUAAAUCAAUAUAAUCAUUCAGAAGGUUCAUUUACUGUUGGAGUUAUUUAGAGAGUUGCAAGGAGGAGUGAGUGUCUGAGCUGACCACCCUGGAGUCAGGCAACUUAUCCAACAUGUCAAAGAAAUUGGUUACGUGAGCAGUACAAAAGUUGCAACUGAAGUGAAAUGAAGCAGCAGAUAGAAGGAUCUGAGCAGAGAGUCUACAGUGAGAAGAAAAUAGCACUUUAAAUAAAAACGUCAUCUAAAAGGGAGCAGUUAGGAUCUCCUUUUUAAUUAUAACUAGAUCACUAUUUGAGGGUAUAUCUCUGGAUUUUACAUGCUACAAUUGUUUUGCAUGAAUUAAGUGAAUUGUAUUUGAACACAAUGUACUACUUAGAAAUUUAAAUUACUGUAUUUGAAAGCAAACCUUAUGUGCUUACAUUUAGAUUUUCAUAUCUAAAGAAAAAUCUUUGAAAUUGAUUUUACAUUUAUCACUAAAAUGUCUGCAAAGGAAAUUCAGGUAAAUGUCAAAUGAAUAUGUAGAGUCAAAAACAUGAUGCCCUCUAAAUGUACCUUUCCUUUGAAAAAUAAAUUUAUUCUAUUUAAUUCUGAAA